CACUGAUGUGGUCAGAGUGGAGUCAGAGGGAGUGACUCACGCAUGCGCAUCACAACCUGCGCUCCUGUGACUGCUGGGAAACAAAGGCAGGGAUCCUCGGCCGGGAGAGAAGUCAUCAGUCAUCUUGAAUCCAGGAAACAGACUCCAGACUGUCAGGGGUGUGAUUCUAUGAGCGGAGGAGUACCAUCAGUGUUCCUGCUGCUCUUCCACCUAGGCCAGCCAGUAUGUGUCGAUGUGCCCUCGGCGACAGAAGCCGUCCUUGGGAAAUCCAUGAUGUUGACCUGCAUCUUCUGUAUGAAGAGGGAGGAGAUCAAAGCAAAGACACGUGUGGAUUGGUACUACAUGCCAACAAAUGAAAAAGACAUCCCAAAAACUCAUAUAUAUAAGUAUGAGAAAGAUGUGCCAUCACAACUGGACGGACCAUUUAAGGGCCGUCUUACCUGGAACGGGAGCUACGACUUGCAAGAGGUCUCCAUUGAAAUCCAUAAUGUCACUUACAAUGACAGUGGUAUCUAUGAGUGCCAUGUGGUUCGUGAUUUCGACUACUUCACUCACUCCGUGUAUGUCGUGAAGAACAUCACGCUGAAGGUGAAAGAGAAAGCCAGUAACGAGGCCGCGGCGCUCUACUCUGAGAUCAUGAUGUAUGUGCUGCUGGUGUUCCUGACCCUGUGGCUGCUGGUAGAAAUGGUCUACUGCUACAGGAAGAUCUCCAACUCUGAUGAGCAGGCGCAGGACACAGCGUACUGACCAAUCACUCUCGUCUCCAUCGUCAAGAGACAGAAACAAGAAUAGACUUCACGACCCAGUCCCUGCCUCUAUGAAGGUGUCAUUACUCGCAGACGGCCGAGGGAAUCCCGCAAACCCUACCUCCCCUUUGUAUCGGCUGUGUCUUGUGGAGAGCCAGUCAAAAAUGUUUUGAGUGGUCUGAUUUUCACCUCCUUUUCCUCCCAUCUUUUAUUUUUCUUUUUUUCCUUCAUGCAGACAUCUGAAAGCAUAAAUGCAGCAGGUCACAGAACAAACUGUCAGUGUCCUGCACAUCAAAUCAGAAAAAUACCAACCAUGCUUUAUUCAGACCGGCCAGUGCAUAGAGUUACUACACAAUGUCUUAGUAGUGAGUGUUGCCUAUGUGAUAUACAACCUAUUGUAAUAUAUAUAUAUAUACUAUCUGAGGAAAGAAUCUGCCGUUUUACUGACUGUGCUGUUUGCCUGGUUCAUUUUGUUUUAUUACAAUUUUCUAGACCAUGCUGAGAUUUAUGAGCCACAGUUGUAUUUGUACCGGCCGAUAUCUUUUUUCAAUGUCUUUUUAAGGAAAAUGGUUUGCAUAGAUUUUAUAUUGACUGGAUCUGCAUUUCUUCCUCUUAUAGUGUUUGUGUUUUGGAAACAUUCAUAACUUGCAAAACCAUAUCAAGUCACCAGUUCAGCUAAUCUGAGUUCAGCUAGAGGUCCCUUCUAUACUCUCCUCCGUGCAAAUCUUUAAUCCAUGUAACAUCAAAGUACAUUCAGUGAGUUGAGCCUUACUGCACACAGUUACUCUAAACUCCUCUGGGCUUUGACUGUUGCUGAUGAAGUAACAUUGCUAUUGAGAACCAGUGUGUGCCUAUUUCGAUAGUGCGAAACUGUAGAAAUGUAUAUAUGUAGUGAUUCAAUCAUUUAGUGCUGUUCAUUGUCUGUUACAGAUAAAACAUUUCCUGUGUGAGUGAGCUGCUUUUGAACUAUUAAA